GAGGUGCGUCCCGCGGUCUCUAGUUGUUGUUGUGUUUCGAGAGCCUUCCUUGUGAGCAGCAGCACGCGGCAGCCUCGCCUCACCCAGCACUAGUAACUGAGCCAGAGCCAAGUCGAGAGCCACGCCGCCCCAGACAUGACUGACAACGCCGCCAAGGUGCAGCAGCUGAAGGAGCAGGGCAAUGUGUGCAUGGAGGCAGGCAAGCUGGAUGAGGCCGUGCAGCACUACACCAAGGCCAUCGACCUCGACGCCACCAACCAUGUUCUCUUCAGCAACAGAUCAGCAGCCUACGCCAAGCAAGGGAAGUAUGAUGUGGCCCUGGAGGAUGCUGAGACCACAGUGCGCCUCAAGCCAGACUGGCCCAAGGGGUACUCCAGAAAGGGCACAGCGUUGCUCUACCUGCAGCGCAACCAGCAAGCCUCAGAAGCCUUCCAGAGUGGCCUGGCCCUCGACCCCAACAACCAACAGCUCAAGGAGGGACUCACAGAAAGCAAGAGAAGGUUACAGUCCAGUGCCAGCAGGGGGCCCUCCAUGUCUCCCUUCCAGGACCCCACUGCCUUUGAAAAGUUGAAGACAAACCCUCGCACCAAAGACUUCAUGAAGGAUGCAGACUUCUGCAAAACACUGGAGGACAUCAGGAAAAACCCAGAGCUAUUAAGAGAAAAGAUGCAUGACAAACGGCUGCUCACCUGCAUCAGUGUCAUGAUGGGUCUGGAUGUAAUUGGGCCGGACGACGAGGCAGAGAUGGAGGACGCCUCGGAGACCACCACCAGCACCGCCUCCCCGAAGAACACGCCCCCACCACGCACCCCACAGAAGGAGGAGAAAAUGGAUGUGGACAAGACUCCUGAGCAGAUCAGUGCCCUGAAGGAGAAGGAGGCAGGGAAUGCAGCAUACAAGAAGAAAGACUUUGAGACAGCGUUAACUCACUACAGCAAGGCCAUUGAACUUGACCCAACUGACAUGACCUUCCUCAAUAACAAAGCUGCGGUGUUCUUUGAGCAGCAGAAGUACCAGGAGUGCAUCAGUACAUGUGACAAGGCAGUGGAGGUGGGCCGGGAGAACAGGGCGGACUUCAAGCUUAUAGCCAAGGCAUUCACUAGGACUGGCAAUGCAUACAAGGCUCUCAAGGAUUAUGGUAAGGCUAAGAUGUUCUAUGAAAAGUCUCUCUCGGAACACAGGACUCCAGAAACCAAGGAGCUUCUGAGCAAGGUGGAGAAGCUAAUCAAGGAGCAGGAACGGCUUGCAUACAUCGACCCUGCCAAAGCUGAGGAGGAGAAGGCAAAGGGCAAUGAACUGUUCCGUAAGGGCGACUACCCAGCUGCCGUCCGCCACUACUCAGAGGCCAUCAAGCGCAACCCAGAGGAUGCCAAGAUCUACAGCAACCGCGCAGCCUGCUACACCAAGCUGGCAGAGUUCAACCUAGGCCUCAAGGAUUGUGACGAGUGCAUCCGACUCCAGCCUGACUUUGUGAAGGGGCAUAUUCGCAAGGGCAAGAUCCUGCAGGGGCUGAAGCAGUACUCCAAGGCCCAGGAUGCUUACCAGAAGGCCAUCGACAUUGACCCCAACUGCCAGGACGCUCUGGAUGGCUUCAGGGAGUGCAUGAUGUCCAUGAACAGCGACCCAGAGGAGGUGCGCAAGAGGGCCAUGGCUGAUCCCGAGGUGCAGCAGAUUCUCAAAGACCCGGCCAUGCGCAUGAUCCUCGAGCAGAUGCAGACAGACCCCAAAGCCCUUCAGGAUCACCUCAAGAACCCAGACAUUGCCUCCAAGAUUCAGAAGCUCCUCCAGUCUGGCCUCAUCUCCAUCCGGUAGAGGGUGUGAGGCUUGUCUGGGGUGUGGCUGUGGGCUCAGGGCAGGAUGGAGGCCUUGCUUGUGCUCUCCCCUGCUGCACACCCGCUCCACACCUACUGCUCCCACUAACACUCUGCCCUCUCUGCUCCCAGUACACCACCACUACUCACUCACCAGCCACAUCCAUUGACAGCCACCUCUGUUGAAAUGCAAGACUAUUACUGCCACUAUUGCAUCUAUUUCUGCUGCUGCUGCUGCUACUUUGUGUGUGUGUGUGUGUGUGUGUGUGUGUGUGUGAUUGAUUGAUUGAUUGUUAAAGCAUUUCAGGGUGGCUUGUCUUUUUUUAUUUUUUCAUAGCUAUGUUUUUAUUUUGCUUGAUAUACUUUAAGUUGUUUCUGUUUUCAUUGGAUACAAGACUUACCUCAGGACAAACACCAUUACAUCCAUCUACUCUCUCCCUUAUGGCAGGGCCUUGUUUUAAUAUCUUAUACUAAUGUUUACUGUUACUGAUUUGUUAAGGUUUCCACAAUUCAUAAGUUUUC